CGCGGCGCUCCCGCCCGCCGCGGCCGCACUUCCGCCAUGGCGGCGGGGCGGGGCUGCGCUGGUAUGGCGGCGCCGGCGGCGCUGCGGCGGUGGUGGAUGUUGGCGCUGGGCGGCCGAACGAGCCGGUGCUCCGCUUCGCCGUGCCCAGGCCGAGUGCUCCCGAGGCCCCCGGCCGGCCCUGCCCGCCCGGCUGGUUCCCUGCUGCGCUGGGCGUCGUCCUUCUCUGAGCCGGGCCCGACGGAGAGCGGCCCCAGCGAAGGACAGAUCUUCCUCAGCGAGAGCUGCGUGAAGAGGCUGCUGGAGAUUGCACAAGGAUCAGAGUUUCUCAGGCUGCAGGUGGAAGGAGGUGGCUGCUCUGGCUUCCAGUACAAGUUUUCCUUGGACACAGUUAUCAAUCCUGAUGACAGGGUGUUUGAACAAGGUGGUGCCCGUGUGGUUGUGGAUGUGGACAGCCUGGCCUUUGUGAAAGGAUCCAUGGUGGAUUUUAGCCAAGAGCUGAUCCGAAGCUCCUUCCAGGUGGUGAGCAACCCCCAGGCAGAGAAGGGUUGCUCAUGUGGAACUUCCUUCUCUGUCAAAUUCUGACUGGACUUACCAUGGAUGGACACUGUUUGCAGGCACUUUUGUCAGUCUCCAGAGGGUUUAUAUUUGUUCUUUUCCCUGCUGCUCCCUCUCAUCUCCCUACCCUGUGACACAGCUGUUACACAGUACUGCAGCUGUGUGUGUGUUUGCACUGAGCCAGUCUCCUGUCAAGACUUAAUGGCCUUCCCUUCAGAAAUGAUGAAGUAACCACGAGCAUGCACACAGGAGCAUCUUCAGUGCCUUGUGAACCACUGGCCAGGUGGUGCUGACUGGUCUGCCCUGUCCUGAUUGUGCAACUACUUAACUGUCUCUGCAAGAGAAGGCUGUAUAAAUAUGUGUGUGUGGUUAUUGAAAGGUCUUACUAAAAAAGUCUAUGAGGUUGA